GUCAGAAAAAAAACUUUUGCCACUGUUCAGACAGUGUCCAGUUUGUCAAACAGAAACUGUGCCAAAAAUGAAUUCUGUAAGUGGCUCAGCCAUUACAGUUCAACAAGAGUGUCAGGCAGGGUUCUGUCAAUACAAAAGGGUUUGGCAAAGUCAACCAGACGUGGAAACACUAAAGCUGGCAACAUCUCUCUUAGUGCUGCAAUCCUUUUUACUGGCUUAUCACCUGGCAAGGCAUUAAGGAUGGUUAACCAUAUGAAUGUGCAGAAUAUCAGUUAUGCUACUUAUAUAAAUCACCAAACUAAAUACAUUGUCCUUUUUGUCAAUGACUUUUACAAAAUUGAAUAUGAAAACGUAAUCAAAAGUAUUUUAGAGAAGCAGGAUGAAGAGGGGAUGGUGGCCUUAGCAUGGUGGCCUUAGCAGACGGAAGAGCAGACAGUCCAGGUCACUCGGCCAAACAUGGUACAUACACUUUGAUGGAAAAGUCGACAAAGAAAAUAUUGCAGCCCAACUUGUACAGACAUUUCACAGCCUCUUGUUCUCUUGGAAGGUUCUUGCUGAUCAAUCUGCCAGUGGCCAAGAGAGGAACUUCAUUAUUAACCUGAAGGAACCAAACACCAGAGACAUGAAAGAGGAAGAACCAGAACCUCAAGGAAAUGAAGAAGAACAACUUGGACUGUGUAUCUUUCCAGAUGAAAAGCAACUUAAGCAGGAGACAGAUUCCUUUGUAGGGUUUUCUGCUUGUGACAAACCUGAACUGCAACAGAUGAACGUGACAAAGGAGGAACCAGAACCUGUAGAGAUUAAAGAGGAACAUGGGGAUCUCUGGAGUAAUGAGGAUGAGGAGCAGCUUGUAGUGAAGCAGGAGGCUGGCACCUUUAAGGUGACUCCUCUGGAUUUAAAAGAUGACACAAAUGAACCAGAAGAGAAAAUAAACCAACUGGUCAAUGCAGACUCCCCUGAAAGUGAGAAGCAGCAUCAGCAGGAUAAUAAUCAUGAAGAGUCAGGAUCAAACACAGAUGAGGAGCUAAAGCUUAAAAAGAGACAAGGUAAAACCAAAGAUCACAAUAAUGGUUCAAAACUACAAAGACAUAAGACCAAUAAACCCAGUGAAGCAUGUGGUAAAUGUUUCACCAAGUGUAGCUGUUUGGCUGAUCAAAUUAGAGAGAAUACAGGCCAGAAAUCUGUACUGUGUGUGCUUUGUGGAAAAGGUUUCCCCUGGCAAAGUCAGUUGAAAAUCCACAUGAGAGCCCACACAGGGGAGAAGCCUUUCUCCUGUCCAACGUGUGCAAAAGUUUUUUCCACUAAAGGUGACCUGAAUAUUCACAUAAGAACUCAUACAGGAGAGAAGCCUUAUAAUUGUACAGUGUGUGAUAAAUCUUUCAGCUUUGUUAGUAAUUUAGCUGAUCACACGAGAACACACACAAGGGAGAAGCCCUUUUCUUGUCCAAGUUGUGCAAAAAGUUUUUCCACUCAAAGUAACCUGAAUAUUCACAUAAGAACUCAUAGGGGAGAGAAGCCUUACAAUUGUGGAGUGUGUGAUAAAUCUUUCAGCAGUGGUAGUUAUUUAGCUGUUCACAUGAGAACGCACACAGGGGAGAAGCCAUUCUCCUGUCCAACUUGUGCAAAAAGUUUUUCCACUAAAGGUUACCUGAAUAUUCACAUAAGAACUCAUACGGGAGAGAAGCCUUAUAAUUGUAGAUUGUGUGAUAAAUCUUUCAGUGUUGGUAGUUAUUUAGCUGUUCACCUGAGAACGCACACAGGGGAGAAGCCAUUCUCCUGUCCAACUUGUGCAAAAAGUUUUUCCACUAAAGAUAAACUGAGUCAGCACAUAAGAACUCAUACGGGCGAGAAGCCUCAUCAUUGUAAAGUGUGUGAUAAAUCUUUCAGCUGUGGUAGUAGUCUGGCUCGUCACAUGAGAAUGCACACAGGUGAGAAGCCUUUUUCCUGUCCACCAUGUACAAAAGGUUUUUUCACUAAAGAUAGCUUGAGUAGGCACAUAAGAAAUCAUAUGCGCAACAAGCUAUACACUUGUGAAAUGUGUGAUAAAUCUUUCAGCGCUGGUAGUCAUUUAGCUCGUCAUAUGAGAACACACACAGGCGAGAAGCCUUUUUCCUGUCCAACUUGUGCAAAAGAGUUUUCCUUGAAAGGUAACCUGAUUAUACACUUAAGAACUCAUACGGGUGAGAAGCCUUAUCAUUGUGAAGUGUGUGAUAAAUCUUUUACUUCCUCUAGUAGUAGGAUUCAACAUAUGAAUACUCACAGGUGAGAAGCUGUAUGCUUCUAAAGCGUGUGCUAAGUCUUUCAGAAACAGUUGUCAUCUGGCUGAUCACAUGCUAACCCACAGGUGAGAAGCCUUUCCUGUGUCUGAUGUGCAGAAAAUGUUUCUUCAAGCAAAGCAAUCCAAGUGUUCACAUGAGAAUCCAUGUUGAUAAGAGGCCUCACUCUUCAGAUACAUAUUGAAAUCAAUGACUGUUGUAAAUUAGCUAAACACAACAUACAGGUCAGUUUAAUCAUUAAAUCACAGGUUAUAACUUCUGCUUAUUCAUAGAUUGAUGGAGACAUCUAUGAAAGACUUGAUGAUCCCCCUUGGUGUGUUAUUUAAUCAUUAGAAUGACUGUUAGAUUAUUAGAGCCGGGUUUUAGAGAUUUGUCAUUUGGAUAAAUGAUUGAGCUCAUGUGACACUCAAAUAUACAAUUGUAUACUCAUCCUUCAUAAAAGUUAAACUUCUUUACUCUCAAGGCUGACUGGUUUUAAGCGCUGUUUAUAGUUCAACCCACACUGACAAAAACUAUUUCCAUUAAGAAAAGCCCAGAUCAUGAUGCUGCCAACACCAUGUUUCACUGUGGAUGUAAUGUGUGUUUUACUGAUGUCUGAGGUUGAUUUGUUGCAAACAUGCCUUUAAGAGUUCAGUUUCAUCUCAGGGAUGUGAACGCCACCCACAUUUGCUAAAUUCCUGCAUGAACUCAAAAAGUGCAACAUGAUUACUGUUUGUUUACCUCUUGUAACCCUGAAGAUUUUUAUAUUGAACUGUACAGAAUGUAUUUGUAAUUUUAUGAAUGUUAAAGGUAGAAAAGUUUAAUUUUCUGUGGUCAUAGCUUACAUAAAAACUCAGCUUUUGUGGCUUGUAUGAGGUCUUGAUGUUGUCUCACUGCUUUUUUAGGAGGUGAUUUGACAGGGCGGCUCUUCGAUGUGGACUUGGCUCAGGCAAUCAGCAGCCAACAGUUCAUAGUUCAAAAUGUCACCCAUUCUAGAUAGCUAGCACAACACAACUGAGUACGAUUAGUGUUCUUAUCCAGAUCACUACUGUCAUCCUUUACUUAAAACCUACUUCAAGCAAUUUCCUAACCAGAUAUUCUUGUCGACAAUUUCCUUCAUCUUAUCCUAGAGGUUCUGCAAUGUAAUCAUUACAUGGAAGUUAGCUUACAUAUGAAUGUAUAGUCAGCAGUAUUUCUCAGUUUAUUAAAAGCAAUUCUCAAA